CCCCAAAUACUGCUCAGCCUGGAAGCCACAGAAAGCCUUCCUGCCACCCAACGGGAGCCGAGCCAGGGGCUCUGGCCUUCCUGCGAUUUGGAGCCUGGUGUCCACUGCUUCCAGAGAACACACGUGAUGAAGGUGGAAGAGGAGAAGGCUGGGGGCAGAAAGCUGGAUCCUACAGUCUACAGGAGGAGACAACCAGGUCAAGAUUUCCCUUCAAUACAUAUUGGGUUUCCAGUCCCCAGUUACUCUCAAAGGAAAAGUGACUCAAAGGGACAUCUUUCGGGCCUGCAAAAAGUCCAGUGGUGCCUGCAGCCAGACAAACCACAGCAGGAACUGGCCGGCCCAGGGAUCAGGGCCAGCAGCCGGGGAGGCGGCAUGGAUUGUACCAAAAGGACUCGGUCUCCGGCUGCUGAGCAGCUGCAGGACAUCCUGGGGGAGGAAGAUGAGGCUCCCAACCCCACCCUCUUCACAGAGAUGGACACUCUACAGCAUGAUGGGGACCAGAUGGAGUGGAAGGAGUCAGCCAGGUGGAUAAAAUUUGAAGAGAAGGUAGAGGAAGGAGGAGAACGCUGGAGCAAGCCCCACGUGUCCACACUGUCCUUGCACAGCCUCUUCGAGCUCCGCACCUGCCUGCAGACAGGGACAGUCCUGCUGGAUCUGGACAGUGGCUCCCUACCAAAGAUCAUAGAUGAUGUCAUUGAGAAGCAGAUAGAGGAUGGGCUUCUGCGACCAGAGCUCCGGGAAAGGGUCAGCUACGUGCUCCUGAGAAAGCAUCGUCACCAAACCAAGAAACCCAUUCACCGCUCCCUUGCAGACAUUGGGAAGUCGGUCUCCACUACAAAUCGCAGCUCUGCCAGGAGUCCCUCAGCAGGCCCAGCUCUCCACCGAUCCACCGAGGACUUGAGGAUUCGGCAAAGCACCAGCUACGGACAUCUGUGUCACGCCCAGAGUAGAAGCAUGAAUGACAUCUCUCAUACCCCAAACACAGACCAGCGGAAAAACAAAUUCAUGAAGAAGAUUCCCAAGGACUCAGAAGCCUCCAACGUGCUUGUGGGCGAGGUGGACUUCCUGGACCAACCAUUCAUUGCAUUUGUUCGUCUUGUCCAGUCUGCCAUGCUGGGAGGAGUGACAGAAGUGCCUGUCCCCACCAGAUUUCUGUUCAUUCUUCUAGGACCCUCCGGGAGAGCAAAGUCCUAUAAUGAGAUUGGCCGAGCUAUUGCAACCCUCAUGGUGGAUGACCUCUUCAGCGAUGUGGCUUAUAAAGCCCGGAACCGAGAAGAUCUGAUUGCAGGAAUUGAUGAAUUUCUGGAUGAGGUCAUUGUCCUCCCCCCUGGAGAAUGGGAUCCAAACAUCAGAAUUGAGCCACCCAAGAAAGUUCCCUCAGCUGACAAGAGGAAAUCUGUGUUCUCUUUGGCAGAGCUGGGCCAGAUGAAUGGCUCUGCGGGCGGAGGCGGUGCCUCGGCUGGAGGAGGCAGCGGUGGAGGAGGGCCUGGAGGCAGCGGGGCCGGCGGAGUGGGCAGUGGCGACGAGGCAGAGAUGCCAGCUAUGCAUGAAAUCGGGGAGGAGCUCAUCUGGACCGGAAGGUUCUUUGGGGGACUACGCCUGGAUGUCAAGAGGAAGCUGCCCUGGUUCCCAAGUGACUUCUAUGACGGUUUCCACAUCCAGUCCAUCUCUGCCAUUCUAUUCAUCUACCUCGGCUGUAUCACCAACGCCAUCACCUUUGGUGGGCUUCUGGGGGAUGCCACAGACAAUUACCAGGGAGUAAUGGAGAGCUUCCUGGGCACUGCCAUGGCUGGUGCCUUGUUCUGCCUCUUCUCGGGGCAGCCCCUCAUCAUCCUCAGCAGCACAGGGCCCAUCCUCAUCUUCGAGAAGCUCCUCUUUGACUUCAGCAAAGCCAAUGGCCUGGACUACAUGGAGUUCCGCCUCUGGAUUGGCCUGCACUCCGCCAUCCAGUGCCUUAUCCUGGUGGCCACAGAUGCCAGCUUUAUCAUCAAGUACAUCACCCGAUUCACCGAAGAGGGCUUCUCCACCCUCAUCAGUUUCAUCUUCAUCUACGACGCCAUCAAGAAGAUGAUUGGUGCCUUCAGUUACUAUCCCAUUAAUACGGACUUCAAGCCUGACUCCAUCACCACCUACAAAUGCGAGUGUGUUGCUCCUGACACAGUGAAUACGACCAUGGUCAAUGCCUCAGCCCCGCUGGCACCAAACACCAACACGUCUCUGUACACCCCCCUUAACCUCACAGCGCUGGACUGGUCCCUGCUGAGCAAGAAGGAGUGUCUGAGCUACGGUGGGCGCCUGCUGGGGGACUCCUGCCGGUUCAUUCCAGACCUGGCACUCAUGUCCUUCAUCCUUUUCUUCGGGACUUACUCCAUGACCUUGACUCUGAAGAAAUUCAAAUUCAGCCGCUAUUUUCCUACCAAAGUCCGGACCCUGGUGGCUGACUUUUCCAUUGUUUUCUCCAUCUUGCUGUUCUGUGGAAUCGAUGCCUGUUUUGGCCUGCAAACCCCCAAGCUGCAUGUGCCGAAUGUCAUCAAGCCCACACGGCCUGACCGAGGCUGGUUUAUUGCCCCCUUUGGGAAGAACCCUUGGUGGGUGUACCCUGCGAGCAUCCUGCCCGCCCUGCUGGUGACCAUCCUGAUCUUCAUGGACCAGCAGAUCACUGCUGUCAUUGUCAACCGGAAGGAGAACAAGCUGAAGAAGGCCGCCGGCUACCAUCUGGACCUGUUCUGGGUGGGCAUCCUCAUGGCCCUGUGCUCCUUCACGGGGCUCCCCUGGUAUGUGGCUGCCACGGUCAUCUCCAUUGCCCACAUCGACAGCCUCAAGAUGGAGACAGAGACCAGUGCUCCCGGGGAGCAGCCCCAGUUCCUGGGGGUCAGGGAGCAGAGAGUGACUGGCAUCAUGGUUUUCAUCCUGACAGGCAUCUCCGUCUUCCUGGCUCCUAUCCUAAAGUACAUCCCCAUGCCAGUGCUCUAUGGAGUCUUCCUCUACAUGGGUGUAGCCUCCCUGAAUGGCAUCCAGUUCUGGGAACGCUGUAAGCUUUUCCUCAUGCCAGCCAAGCACCAGCCAGACCACGCCUUCCUGCGCCACGUGCCCCUUCGCCGGAUCCACCUGUUCACCCUGGUGCAGAUUCUCUGCCUGGCACUGCUCUGGAUCCUCAAGUCAACCAUGGCUGCCAUCAUCUUCCCAGUCAUGAUCCUGGGCCUCAUCAUUGUUCGAAGGCUCCUGGACUUGAUUUUCUCCCAGCACGACCUGGCCUGGAUUGACAACAUCCUCCCAGAGAAGGAGAAACAGGAGACAGACAAGAAGAAGAAGAGAAGGAAAGGGGUCCAUGAAAACACUGACGAGGAGGAAAAAGAUCUUCCAGUUGGAGUUACUCGUUCUGACUCUUCCUUCAGUGGCUCAGAACUGGAUCGAAGCAUCACCCUGCACUUCAAAAUCUCUUGUCCGGCUUCACCUGCUUUCAGUUACUCACCGAGUCCAGUCUUCAUGGUGCCGCAGGUGAAGAUAGAGAUGGAAUCUGACCUUGACUUCACAGACGAUGAGGGCUAUGGGAGAGGGGUGGGCGGGGAGACUACCCUCUAGCACAGGGCUGCUCUCCCAGGCUGGGGACAGCAUGAAAGCUGGCCCAGGCUUCAUCUAGAGCGUGUGACAAGCCCUUCAAUUGCUUCCUCACCCACUGACCAGACACCUGGAGGCCUAUCUGCGACGGUCAAGCUCUACUCUUCCCUUUGCAAUUAUUAAAACAUCCCAAACAGAACCACGUGGCUUAAAAUGACCAACAUAGAUAUACCCUUUCUCCUGAAACGAACAGAAGUAUCUAGUGACUUAGUAUCUUCUAUUUAAAGUAUUUGCUGAUUUAGUAUCUUUUAAAGGUUAGAUUGAAAUCUAAGUAACUUGAAGGUCUGAGUGUGCUCUGAAGGUUUGCAAAGUAAUAAGUGGCCGAGAAUCAUUUUGCCUCAUUCUGCUUGAAGUUCAGUCCUCUGUCCAGAGGGCCUGGCUCUGGAGGUGUGGCUGGGCUGUCCACACACUGAAAGGCCAGUUCCAAAAUUACUAAUGGAAGAACCAGUGAAUUUUGUUUGAAAUCGGAGCUCACUACAUACUCUCAGCUGUCCUGGAACUCCCCAUGUAGACCAGGCUGGCUCAGAACUCAGGGCUACCUGUCUCUGGGAUUGAUUAAAGGCCUGAGCCUUAACUUGCUGAGUGGAUUAAGACAAAAUAGUGCUCAUUAACUGGACUCUUAAAACCACAUUAGGUUAACCAAAUAACCUGUUAAAGCUUGCCACUGGUUUCAUAACCUGGAAUCCACUUUUUGAUGAAUCUGAGUAGGUUUCCCCGAUCCCUCCCACACACAAUUUUUGAAAUCACUAAGGCCCAAAUUUCUUUUUUCGAGACAGGGAUUCUCUGUAUUGUUUUGGAGGUUGUCCUGGAACUCACUCUGUAGACCAGGCUGGCCUCGAACUCUGAGAUCCACCUGCCUCCACCUCCAGAGUGCUGGGAUUAAAGGUGUGGGCCACCAUCGCCCAGCAAGGCCCAAUAUUUUAAUUUCACAAACACUGCCUGUUAGGCAGCUAAUGUUGGUAAUCAAACUAGUAUGUUAUACAAGUGGUUGGUAGAAACACCAUCCCAACUUGAGGUAAGACUGCCCAGCUCUUCGUUGAUCCAAACUCUUUCCAAGAUAAAGUUGCUUAUCUUCCUCUGUUCCAAUCCUGGGAGAGCCAACCUACAAGUUUCAAAGCCCCACUGGUCUGUAAUAGCACUCUAUCCAGAUUAAACUGUAGCGUUUUUACAGA